GAAGCGCUCCCGAUCUCUCGGAACAACAAUCUCUUUCUCUCUCUCUCCCCUCCCCUUAUUACAUCUCUUCCCUCGGUUUGCAAAUUACAACGACCAACGGAAAAAAGUUGAGAUUUUUCUCUUGCAGAAGCUCAAUCCAGUCCAACCGAUUCAUACAUUGUUUCUUUCAGUAUCCAAGUGGAUAUAUUUCAGGCUUUUAGGGGAUUACGAUUCACGAAUGGAUAUCAACGAAAUCAUUGGUGAAACUGCUUCCCCUGUAACUCUCCCGACCAAGAGUGCCAUAUAUGUGUGGGGUUAUAAUCAGAGUGGACAAACGGGCAGGAACGGAAAAGAGAAGCUUUUACGUAUCCCGAAGCAGCUCCCUCCUGAUUUGUUUGGCUGUCCAUCUGGUGCGAAUUCCCGUUGGCUGGAUAUUGCUUGCGGUCGGGAACAUACCUCUGCAGUUGCAUCAGAUGGAUCUCUCUUUACAUGGGGUGCCAAUGAAUAUGGUCAGCUUGGGGAUGGAACCGAGGUUGGCAGGAAACGCCCAAAGAAAGUGAAGCAUCUGCAGUCAGAGUUUGUAAAAUCUGUCUCCUGUGGAGCAUUUUGCACUGCUGCAAUUGCAGAACCCCGUGAAAAUGAUGGAACUCUAUCCAUGAGCAGGCUCUGGGUUUGGGGCCAAAAUCAGGGAUCAAAUUUGCCACGUCUAUUUUCUGGGGCUUUUCCUGCUGAGACGGCAAUUCGACAAGUGUCUUGUGGGACAGCUCAUGUUGUGGCUCUAUCAGAGGAAGGCCUUCUUCAAGCCUGGGGCUAUAAUGAACAUGGCCAACUCGGUAGAGGAGUCACUUCUGAAGGACUACAGGCACCUCGUCUGAUAGCUGCGUAUGCCAAAUUCCUUGAUGAAGCCCCCGAGCUUGUGAAGAUUGCUCAAAUUUCAUGUGGGGAGUACCACACUGCUGCUGUAUCUGAAAAAGGCGAGGUUUACACUUGGGGACUAGGAAGCAUGGGUCAACUUGGGCAUAUUUCCCUUCAAGUCGGGGAUAAAGAGUUAAUACCAAGGCGAGUGGCUGGGCUUGAUAGUUUGUGUGUGAAAGAAGUUUCUUGUGGCGGUGUUCACACAUGUGCUUUAUCUUCCGAUGGAGCACUUUAUGCUUGGGGCGGUGGCCAAGCAGGGCAGCUAGGCCUGGGCCCUCAAUCUGGUUUCUUUUCAUGCAUUUUGGGUGGGACCGAAAUGCUCCUCCGCAAUGUCCCAGCUUUAGUCAUCCCAAUCGAUGUACAGCUUGUUGCUUGUGGACAUUCUCACACCCUCGUUUAUAUGAAAGAUGGACGGAUUCGCGGGUGGGGUUACAAUAGUUAUGGUCAGGCAGCCAAUGACAAAUCCUCGUAUGCUUGGUUCCCAUCUCCGGUUGACUGGUGUGUAGGACAAGUGAGGAAAUUAGCAGCAGGAGGUGGGCAUUCGGCUGUGUUAACCGAUGCAUUCUCAUUGAAGGAGCUGUGUGAAUUUCAGCUGGCAGAGAGUGUGACAGUCUCAAAUGCUUUGAAGAUUCAGGAUGUUGCCUCUAGGAUGGGGUCUGAAGCUUUAGCCCGCCUCUGCGAAAGACUCAGGGAACAGUUGCUUGAUGCUGGCCACCUUGAUCACGAGGAAGAUGAAACAUGCGGUGGAAGGCUCUAAGGAUCUGCCGACCUGACUCUAGGACUGUUAAUCUUGUAAGUUAUAUCAUAGUUGACCAAAUCAUAAAUGUAUAAAAACCAGAAAAAGCCCCAUUGUUUCAGCUGAACCAAAAGGUCUUCCUCAAAAGCGAGACUCUCCUGUGAGAGCCAAUAACUGUAAUAUACAUUUGUAUGUGGUUGCAGAAACCCUUGGAAUAAAUCUGUGUACGAUGAAGUGUUCUUAGUGAGCUCUUUCCCUGUUU